AUGAUUAAUAGUUUUUUUAGAUUAAGUUUUUAAUUCAUAUAUAGUUAAAGAUAUAANUCAGUCUGUUUCUCUCCUGAUGGAAAUACAUUAGCUUCUGGUAGUUACGAUAACUCUAUCCGUUUAUGGGAUGUCAAAACAGGAUAAUAAAAAGCAGAAUUCAAUGGUCAUACUAGUGCAGUCAUGUCAGUCUGUUUCUCUCCUCAUGGAAAUACAUUAGCGUCUGGUGGUGAUGAUAGCUCUAUCCGUUUAUGGGAUAUCAAUACAGGAUAAUAAUAAGCUGAAUUGAAUGGUCAUACUAGUGCUAUCAUGUCAGUCCGUUUCUCUCCUGAAGGAAAUACAUUAGCGUCUGGUGGUGAUGAUAGCUCUAUCCGUUUAUGGGAUGCGAGAACAGUCUGUAUUUCUCCUGAUGGAAAUACUUUUGGAUCUUUUAGUGGUGAUAAGUUUAUCCGUCUAUAUGAUUAUAGGACACGAUAAGAAAUUAAAUCCUCAAGUAUAAAUUACAAAGAUGUUCUUGCAUAAUUUACAGCCUGUUUAUUUGAAAAUAACCACCAACCAGGUAUUUAUUUUUCAAUUAUUAUUUAGUCUCUAAUUAUUCUAUUCUUGUUAUAUCACCAGAAAUAAAAUUGGAAGCACAAGGAACACUAAUUUUGUAAGGAGAAUUUAUAAAUCAUUAAGGCAAUGAUUUAAGAUAUUUAUUUAAAUCUAAAGGAAGUUUCUUUUUACAAGACUUUAAAUAAAGGUGA